AUGUCGAAUUUCUUCCGCGAUAGCGCUCACGGUUUCAAGCCUCGAUCUAACAUCUUUUCCAAGCUUCGAAACAAGGAUCCUGAAGCGGAUAGUGACACCAACACCGAUAAUGGGGUUUUGGACGCAGAUUGGGGGUAUUCGCAGGAGAGAACAUCUAAUAUGGAUGGGGUAGAUUCUCGGUUUCUGACACACGAAACCAAUAUUUCAAUUGCCAACGAGAGCACCCCGAAAACCAAGUCUCUAACUGGGAAGAACAAGGGCUUUGAAGAGGAGGAGCUUGAAAUCACAGAGGUCAGAAAUGUAAACGUGGCACAUCAACACGACGAAAGGAAGCACGAAAUUCCCGGUGGCAAAAACAGGGCCCUUCACGAGCAGUUGCUUAAAGUAAAAAACGUUAUGGAGUCUAGUGAUACCUCGACAAACGAAGUGUUGCUGGAGGCAUUCAACAACACCCAAAGAAUUUGCUCCAAUUUGAAAUCAGAAUUACAACGAUUGAAGUCGGAAAAUCAGCAACAAAGUCGACUUGUUAGUAACUACAAAGCCGAGAUCAUGAACAUUGAGGGAAAAGUCGGUCAGUAUCGACAAUUGUUGGCGUCCAUCGAAACAAAGUCAGUGGACUUGCAAAAGCAAAAGCAAACUAGUGAGGAACAAUUGUUAAAGUUGCGAAGCGAUUAUGACGAGCUUGUUGAGCGCUUGCAUAAUUACACUAAAGAUAGUGGGUCAAUUCGUAAGUUGUUGGAGGAAACUCGUUCGACGCAAAAAAGGUCGGAUGCAGAGAUAGCAAAGCGAUUGAAAGAGCUGGAGUACCUGAAGAAGGAGCUAAAUAACUCGUCUGGUCUGCUCAGCGAAGAGAAGUUGAAAAACCGGGACCUCAUGCAAGAGUUGAAAAAAUUCAGAGAAUAUUCAAACGUUUUGUUGGAUAAAACGCUGAAGAAAAUGGAUCAAGAUAUUCGAAAAGAACUUUCUUCCAUAAGUAUCUCAGUGAAAUCUACCAAUUCCAAAAAUUCUACUCUGGUGCAAGAAGAUCUGCAAAGGUUCCUCGUAAGCUUAAGAGCGGCUAUUGUGGAAGAUUUUAAAAACGAAAAUCAGGUUUUUAAUGAACAGGCAAAUCAAAACUUUGUACAAGGAUUAGCGACAUUAAAGAAGGCGCUUGAGGAUGGCCUUACCUUUGAUCGUAAUUCAACAAAAAAUGAGAAUGCCAAAAUCAAUCGCGUAGAGUUUCUCUUAGAUGACUUUGCCAAAAAACUUGAGCGCAGCUUACCUAAAGAGUCUUCUUCAAAAACUAGCGGAGCAUUGAUGUCGAACCUUCAUGACUCGGUCAAAGACGUACAAGAAGUGGUCAAUGCCGUCAACGAUAAACUCUACCAAUACUCGAAGCAGUUAACUCUUAUCAGUACUCAUGAGCAGAAAAUAGAUGGAUUGCAUGAAAAGCUACACGCCGUAGCAUUGCAAAAAAGUGAGGCGGUGUUACUAAUAAAAGCUCGGAACACUGAGAUCGAGGAACUGAACAGCCAGCUUUCAACCAAAAGUAAUUCUGUAGGUAGGCUUGCCGAAGAAGGUAAAGAGCUGAACUUGAAGGUUUUGGGACUCGAGCGAGUAGUUGAAGCAAAGGCUCAAGAAAUGUCGAAAAUGGAACAAGAGUUGCAAAUGACAAGAGUAAAUUGUGACAACAAGUUGACAGCUCAAAAUGAAAUCUUAAAACUAGUCACGGGCGAACGUGACCGUUUGCAGGCUGAAGUUGGCAUGUUCAAUCAGCUAAAAGACGAGGUUGAAAGGGAAAAGAUGUGUGCUAAGAGUAAAGCAAAAAAGAUCAACGAUCAAGUUCAAAAUCUUAACGUGGAAGUAAUACAACUCAAAGCAAGAGAAUUGGAACUCGACGAGGAAAACAGAAAAUUAAAAAAUACUGUUGAGCAGUUGAAUUUGGAUUCGCGGGAGAGUGGGGAUCAAGUUCUUGGUUUAAAACAAAAGGUCGUGAGGCUCGAAAAUGAGAAAAAUACAGGAGCAAGCGAAAACCUCGACCAUCAAGAUAAAAUCGCAUUACUCGAACAGCAAUUGCUAACAGUCCGCAAACAGAUGCAAAACUUGAAGGACCAGCGACACAAGGUUCCACAGAUAAAGAAGCAUGCGUUACAGGUGACCCAGCAUCCACGUGAGCUACAGGGAAACCGAUCAUCUAAAGUUGUUGCAAAUGCAACUAGCGGUGCACCUACGGCUCCCGCUUCUCAAAGUAACGAUGCAUUUGAUCUAUCAUCGUCUUCAGCAUCGUCCAACGACGAUCUGGAGAUGACAAACCCAUCGCCAAAUACAUCUAAAUCCAGCAAAACUCGCGUGCCAACCUCAAUGAGCCGAUCGGCUACUUCAGCAAAGAAGAAAAAGCUUUUGCUGCACGAGGAAGCGGAUAACUUGGAUUCCAAACACCGCGGUCGCAAGAAACGUAGAUUCUAA